UUGUGUUCAAUCCAAAAUGGCUGCUGAGUUCCAAACUCUGUUCGGUGGGGAGUGGAAAGAAUAUAAGAACGAAAAUGUCGAGAAGGUUCUUGAAGCAAUGGGUAUGAACGUGAUCACGCGAAAGGCGGCUAUGCAGUGCACCCCGGUUAUGACUUUCGCGACAGAGGGCGACACUAUUAAAGUGACGUUAAAAAUGGGACCAAAGACCGAAAACACCUCCUUCGAACUCGGUAAACAGUUCGACUCCAAGGCAAUGGUCGAAGGAAAGGCAACGGCCCUUUUCAGCGAUGGAAAAUUGACUGUCGAAAUGACUCCUAGUGACGGCGACAAGAAAUCAGUCACCAUCGUCAGAGAAAUUGUCAAUGGGGAAAUGGUCCAGACAAUGGUUUGCGAAGGCGUCCAGGGCAAAAGAAUAUUCAAGAAGUGCUAGGACUGAUUUUCUAAUUAUCUUGUUUAGUGUCUAUUCUAAUAUGCGUGCAAUGAUUCAUGCCCUGUGUUGUUCAAAAUAGCAAUCAUUUCUUAAAUAACAAAAUCUAUUGGACUUAGGCUGGGUUAUAUAACAUUAAUCAAUCAAUCAUUCUAUCAAUUAAUCAUUAAAUCUUUAUGUAUUGCCUUGGAAACGUAUUUGGAAAACUAUUGAAAUUAAAAAUAAAAUUUGGCCUUAACCGACAAACAAUUUUGGUAUGAGUGGGUAUUAUUUUGUUAUUCUAAUUCCAUAAAAAAACGAAAACUUAUUCGACCACCGAUGAAGCAUACCAAACGUUUGAGUCGCAUUUUUUUAUUAGUCGGUCGCGUAAGGCCAAACAAACUUUACAUUACUUUCGAUGACUUAUUUGACUUCUUCCAUGUGUGGAAGUUGAUAUCAGAUAUGUAGUUUUGAAGUACGAAUAUUGAACAUACAUCUCUUUUAUGAAAAUUGCAUUCAAGAGUUUGUCAAUAUAAGAGCUUAUGACUAUGAUA